AGAAAUGUUUAAAUUUGUCAUGACUUUUUUCUUUUAAAGAAGUGAUCAUGUGAGGGAAAAGUUGGAAUACAUUUUCAUCCAUUCACUCCAUUUACAGAGGAGUCUUUCAAUUUGCAAUAAUAUCAAACUUUAGGGAUUACUAUGGGAAUUACCUUAUGUCUUAAGGCAGCUAGUGCUGCCAUAACAAACAAACAAAAACACUCCACAAAUGGGUAGCUUUGAAGAACAAAUUUAUUUUCUCAUCACUCUGGAGGCCAGAACUCCAAAUCAGGGUCUUGGCUGUGUCGAUUCUUUCUGCAGGCUUCUCUCCUAGUUGUUGGUGUCUGCUGGAAAUCCUUGGCGUCGAAUCUGCUGUUUGCCUGUAGAUGAGUCCUCACAUGGUGUCUUGUCUCCCCUCUGCGUGUGUCUCUGCCUCUAUUCUGCUCUGUUUUUUAAGACAGCUGCUCAGAAGUGAUUGGGUUUAGGACUCACCCUAUUCCAAUAUUGCCUCAUUAGCAUAACAAGAAAGUCCUUAAUUCCAGACAGGGUUAUUUACAGGUACAAGGGUCAGGAGUUCAACAUAACUUUUUAGAGGGGCACACAAUUCAAUCCAUACCUCUUAAAUUUUUUUAACCUUUCAGGAAAUAAUCAUGAACUCUUCAAACACUUUUUGUACAAAGGCUUCAAAAAACACAGUGAGAGAAGGUGAAAAUUUCAGGAAACAUUUUUUUCUUGAAAUUUCCUCAUUGUAGCUGGCUGUCAUGAAUCUGAGUUUCACUUUUAAUGCAAAUUAAUACAAUAUCAAGCCCUCCAAAGUUCUGGGGCUUAAAUUCCCUGCAUUCUACUCUCUGAGGUUCUGGUCCUGUUGCCACAACAGCCACCACAUUCUGCCGCCCACCACCUGGACAUGGCGGGUCAGUUGACUACAGGAGGUGUGGUUUUGACAUGAAAUGCUUUAAAUUUCUUUCUUUUCUAAAUGUUUCAUUAUCUGAAAUUUGGAUUCAGAUUUCUACAGUAGAUUUUAAAUGAAAAUACCGACAUGAUGUCUCAAGUUUUAUAGUUAAAUCACGUCAGAGGAGGAAAGCUAGAUAUUGUAUUUCGCCUAAGAGUAAGUUGUUAUUGGCACUCUAUAAUAUGAGAAAAGCUAUAGGAAAAUGUUUUUUGAGAGAAAUAUGUUCUUUUACUUGAAAUUAUGGAUUUAGGUAUUGGGAAAAUACCUGAAUAUUUACUAGGAUAAAAGCAGUCUGUGAUUGUGACAGAGGUGUUUCCCCCCUCCCUUCCUUUUGAUGAUGCCUCUCCCACUUAGUGCUUUCAUUUUAGGUGAUGGUGCUUCCUGAGCCUUUCAUCUCUGCCUUAUCAAAACGUCCUUUAAGAAAGUACUGAUUAAUGUAUUUAUACGAAAAAGUAAACACCUUAUAUGAUCUCAAAUUGUCAUUGUGUUGCAAGACACAGCUUUAAAUCAAAAAAAUAAAUCUCUACAGUGGAAUUUAAGAGAGGGAGAGGGGAGAACCUUAUGGAUAUGCCAGAAAUCAUUCUGUGUUAUUGGUUACCUGCUCAUAGUAUUAGCCCAACAGAGGCUCUGUUAAUUAGAAACCCUCAACAUUUAAUAUAAAAGCCCUUCAUAAAUUAAUAUUCAUCUUAAGUGAUUUUUCAUUACUGUCUCGUUUAUGUGAAUGCUUCAUAAAACUGACAACGGUAAAUGCUACAGGGAUGGGCAGCAUCCAUGGGGCCUUAUUUACUGAUAACUUCCUCUGAGUACAACUCAGCCAAGCUACGCUUGGCCUCACUUGAUUCCUGAUGUGUAUGGGUUGAGCUAUAAUUCAUGGUCACUUGAGUUCAGCUGUUAAAGGGUCAAAAUUACAAAUUUUGGUCUUGAUUCUAGGAUUCUUGUUUAAUUAAGUCAGGUUAUCUUUGAUAAUUAAAAAAGGUAAUAUCAUUUAUUUUGAUCCUUAACAAAAUAAUAGUUCAUUUGGCCUGUAUGUUUACGAAGUUCUAAGAUAGUUGUGUAAAUAACUGAUCUUUAAAAUCUUUCCUUAAAGUAAAUUAAAAUAUGUAUGUACAUUGAAUAGUAUUAAUAUAUACUUAUUUACCUCCUCUUUGAGUCAUUGUGAUUAUUGUGGGAACUUUGAAUUAUGUAUUUGGAUUUUUUUUUUUUUCCUUUUCUGAUCUAGAACAGAGGUUAGACUAAGAAGCCUCAAGUCAAAGCCACUGACUUCCACUUCCCUCUUCCCUCCAUCUUAUAGGCUGAAAGUGCGAGCUCUGACUAGUCACCUCUACUUGUGAUUGCCACCAGUGGAGGAGACUCUAAAAAGUUUCUAGACCUCAGAAUAUUAAGAUAACCAUACUUUUAUAAGUUCUAAGCCCAAAGCAAAAGUAUACCUUGGCUGUUUGGGAAGUAAAAUAGUUAGGAUAUUGUUUUGGCUGCUUUGAUAGAAACCAAGUAAGAGUGGUUUAAGGGAGUGGCUUAAAGUUUGUUUUUUGUAAAAGUCUGAGCUGGUACAUCAUCCUGCAGUCAUCUGAAGACCCAGUUUCUUCUCUCUCAUUGCUCUGCCAUGCUUUAGGGUGUUGUUGUCGAAUUUGCACAAAUUGCUCCUUCUCCCUUGAUUCAAUAUCUUACAGCAAAGUGCAUAGGACCUAAAUUGUCACACAUUGAUUCGCUACCACCUCUAGCCUGUGGGAGGAGGGAAAACAGGACAUAGAAAGCAAAUAGUUUCCUUUUAAGGACUUGACCUGAAGUUGUAUGCAGUAUUUCCAUUCAAAUCUCAUAGACCAAAACUAAGUCACUUGGUCACACCUAGUGGUAAGGGAGGCCAGGAAGUAUAGCUGGAUGGCCGUUUGUCCAGGUCAAACCCUAGGGUGUUAUUUACUGAAAGGAAUACAGGAAAAUGUGUGCUGCUGGACUGUUACCAGGCUCUACUACAAUGAAUUAUUGCACUUGAAAUUUUAUAUAUUAGCUUAUAAGAACUGACUCAUACAUUCAGGUUAUGAGAACCAGUGAGUAUCUUGAAUAUGACUACAAUUUAUUGAACUAUUUUAGAAUUUUCUUUUAAUAACUGUAAAACUGAUGUGGUUCAGGAAUUGUGUUUUUAAAAUUUAAGGAUAUUUAAAUCUUUUUAAAGAAUUUUGUCAACAUAAAAAUUAAACAUUGUAUAUAUGAUAAUAUUCUAAUAAUUUUUUUUCUAAUUAGAGCCUUCUGCCUCAGUGAUAACCAUCAUGUGAAAUACUGACUUUUAUUUUCCAGCAGGAAAUAUAAAUUUAAAAUUCAGGCAUUUGUUUAUUGUCAUAAAGGGGAAAUCACUUAACAAAAGAAUUUGACUAUAACAGUAUGAUGGGAUUGAUUUAGACAGUAUUUCUGUCAAUUCAGUUCAGUCAAGAGGUGAUUUUGAACAUCAAUUAACAUUAUACUUAAGAUACAUCCAAAUGAUAAGACCCAUUAAACCUGUUGCUGUCGAGUUGAUCCUGACUCAUAGCAACCCUACUGCCCUAUAGAGUUUGCAAGGAGCGCCUGGUGGAGUUGAACUGCCGACCCUUUGGUUAGGAGCCAGAGCUCUUAACCAUGCCACCAGGGUUUCCAAUAAUAAGACAGAUGUGGCUGAUAAAAUGCUAUGUAUUGGAUUUUUCUAUAUCUAAACUUUCUAUGGAGAAAAAUUAAUGCGUAAAAACCCUUCAGAAUAAUGACCCCAGUUUUUUUAACACAAGGAUAUUCUCUGGGCCUAUGCUGUAAAACUGCAAUAUUCCUGUAAAAUCUACGAUUUGUGAUCUGUAACAUCCUGUAAAAUCUAUGAUUUGUGAUCUGCCUUUCUUAUCAGUCCUUUCUCAUAUACCAUGAUGUUGCUAGCAGGUGGAAUGGAAUAAAUUGCCUUUCACAUUCUCUUAUAUUGUCAAUAUUCUUUCUCUUCCAAUAUUUUUCUUAUACUGUUUCUAUGCUUACAUAUGAGAAGAGACUCAGGGUUGUUACGGGGUGGCCAGAGCCAAAACUCUUUCCUCCCUAGGCUUUCCUGUUGUGGAGUCUUUGUAGGCAACACCUUUGACCUAAAUUUCAGAAAGAAAGAAAAGAAAUGGUGAGCUGUGUCUUCCCACCUGCAAGCUUGCCCACAUGGGGAAGAGCUCCCCUGUGUUGUAGGUGUUGAUGGGCUUCAGGACUACUCUAGGUAAUUUGGAUCUCACCAUUGUUAAAUUGACAUACUGAAUGAACCUGGGUGACAAGACACUAUCACUAGAGGAAAUUUGGGAGGAGUAUGAAGAACUGCUUCGUUAUGCUGUAGUGACUCCAAAUAUUGAAUCAAGUACUUUACAGCCAUCUCAUCCUAAGGGAGAAGUGAUGCAGGAUGUUAAAAUUCCUACCAUAAUUGAUGAUGUUCUUCAUAAUCAAGCAGGAAAUAACCUUGUAGUAAGAGAAACUGGGAUGGAAGUUGGAAAAGGAUUUGAUUUAAAUACUUCAAGUCGUUCAAAGACGGAUGGGUCAUUACCAGUGUCAUCACCAAGGAAGCCCACUCACCCAGUCAUGGAUUUUUUCAGUUCACACCUUUUAGAUGACUCUUCCUCACCGACGUCUACCUCUAGUCAUGCAGCAGAUGUCCCCGAGGUAGUUGUGAAUGAUUUUCUAGUUUCCGAUGAAAACCUUCAGAAGAUGGAAAAUGUACUUGACCUUUGGAGUUCAGACCUUAAGACAAACGUCAUAUCUGAACUAAGUAAAUGGAGACUUAAUUUUGUUGACUGGCACCGAAUGGAAAUGAGAAAGGAGAAAGAAAAACAUGCAGCACAUUUAAAACAACUGUACAAUCAGAUCAACGACUUGAAGGAGCUGCAGAAAGCUUAUGAAGUCUCCAUUGGAAGAAAAGAUGAGGUGAUUUCUAGUUUGUCUCAUGCCAUAGGCAAGCAGAAGGAAAGGAUAGAGUUGAUGAGAACAUUCUUCCACUGGCGAAUUGGCCACGUCAAAUCCAGACAGGACGUUUAUGAAGGUAAACUAGCUGACCAGUACUUCCAGAGAACUUUAUUGAAGAAAGUCUGGAAAGCUUGGCAUUCCACGAUACAGAAGCAGUGGAAGGAUGUGGUGGAACGAGCUUGUCAAGCAAGAGCUGAGGAAGUUUGUGUCCAGAUAUCCAAUGAUUAUGAAAACAAAGUUGCUAUGUUAUCUGGAGCUUUGGAAAAUGCAAAAGCUGAGAUCCAGAGAAUGCAGCACGAAAAAGAGCACUUUGAAGAUUCCAUGAAAAAAGCUUUCAUGAGGGGUGUGUGUGCAUUAAAUCUCGAAGCCAUGACUAUGUUUCAAAACAGAAAUGAUACGGGUAUGGACAUGACGGGUACUAAAAAGGAAGAAUAUGGUCCUGGUGUUCAAGUAAAAGAACCUUCUGCUCAUGUGGAUUCUUCAGCUCCUCUGAUGCCCUCAAUGGUUCUGCAACCACCACGGCCACCAACACCGGCAGCAACAGUGACAGCAGGAACCGCCAGCACCGCUGCCGUCCCCUCUGCUGCUUCCAUUACCUCUGCUGGGGCUGCUUCUGCUGCUUCUGUUCAUGUUCCUGUUUCUGUCCCUCUUGUUGCAGGGUCUGCAGCUACUACUGCACCAGAAGAAAUGUAUGUGCCAAGAGUUGUGACAUCUGCACAGCAGAAAGCUGGAAGAACAAUUACAGCCCGGAUCACAGGGAGAUGUGAUUUUGCUUCAAAAAAUCGAAUUAGCAGUGGUUUAGCUAUCAUGGGAGUUUCUCCUCCCAUGAGCUCAGUUGUUGUGGAAAAGCAUCAUCCGGUCACAGUGCAAACCAUUCCUCAGGCUACUGCAGCGAAAUAUCCCCGGGCUAUUCAUCCUGAAAGUAGUACCUCAGCUUCCAGAUCUCUCGGAACCAGGUCAACUCACACCCAAUCUCUCACAAGCGUUCAUUCCAUAAAAGUGGUUGACUAAAGCGAAUAUGUAUAUAUUGAGGUCUUUUAGUUCCUCUGGCUUUACCAAGGAUUAGAAGUCUUUAGUUUAACAUUUUUCCAUAUUCUUAGAACACUAUGUAUCCAUCAUGUUCAUCUUUUCAAAAUUACAAGAGACUUUUUCAGGCUAUGCCAUCCUUUGUAACUAUAUGUAGAAAUUAUUUUAAUGUUAUUUUUUUUAUUUAAGCAAUUAAGUAAAACUUUUUAAAUUAAAAGAGAAACUGGAGUUACUGGUUUUUUAAUGUGUUCAACUUGUCACUGAUUACAUCAGUGCCUCAGGUUGGGUUUUCUAGAGAAGCAAAACCAGUGAACUGUAAAUAUGUAUAUAUAGAGAGAGAAAUUUGUCUCAAGGAAAUGGCCCACAUGGUUGUGGAUACUCGUAGGUUCCAAAUCCAUGGGACUGAUGAUUAGUGGAGGUCAGAUGAUAACAAGCCAGAUCUAGGAUCCAGAGCAAAGGAGAGCUUUGCUAGAGCAUCCAUAUAUAUUGGAUGCAGGUCACAACCCCAGGGAAACUCUCCUCAUAUCAGCUACUUGAGUAAGGGUGUGACCCGAGUCACACCCUACACUUGUCCUGCCUCAUUAACAUAGAGGUUAGGAUUCACAACACAUGAAAUGGAAGAUAAUUACAUCAGAUCACAACAUGGAGAAUAAUUACAAUCAUGGCCUAGCCAAGUUAACACAUAACAUUAACUAUCACACUCAUCAAAGUAUAUAAACCCUAUUUUCUGUGCGUUACUUCCAAAGCUAAACCAUUUCCAAUGUUACUGUGCAGUAACUUAUAUGAAACUUUGAGAGGGAACUUUACUUAAAAAAAAAAAAAUAGAA